AUGCUUUCUUCCACGGCAAUCAUUGUCGGCUUUGCCGCAUUUGCUGCUCUCAUUCAACCCACUCCAGCCCCUCCUCUAGCCAUCGCUGGGGUCGGCGUUGCGCUUGGUGCCGGCGCAGCCACUGCCGGGGCUGCGGCCUCGGGCGGUCUCAAACGGCGAGACCAAGGCCCUCCAGGAUCCGGGGUCUCCCACCUACAACAAUGUCUGGACGACUCGGCAACGACUUCGUCUCUUCCAACCAUGACAUUCGAUGGCUCCAAUGCGGUGACCGUCCACGGCAUGCCACAGUCAUGCUACGAUGCGAUCAACGAAUACAACCAGUACGACGACAUUGGGACACUCAACUCCCUCUACGGCAAGGCCGUGGUCCAAGGCGAUGGAAUCGCUCUAUCCCAGGUGCCCGACUAUGUCAUGCAGAACGCAUGGGCCUUCUGGGGGUCUUCUGGAUCUUUCGCCGGCUCCGCUCCUUCUGGCCCAAACACUGCUCCAUCCACCAAGCCGAGUGGAAAGCACUGGUCCCGUCGCUCCUAUUAA